CUGCCGGUGCAGAGACGGUGCCUCCUGCCCCCCUGCGCGCACCCCCGGAGAUGUGUCUGCGCGGGGCCGUGCUGGCCCUGUGCUGCGUGGCAGCUGGGCACCGUCCCAGGGAGGCAGCGGCAGCCGUGCGCGGCGAUGGCGGAGGAGCUCCGGACUCUGAACGCGGAUCUGCUGGCCAUCAGGGGGGCGCUGGAGGCGGAUGGCCCCGCGGGAACCCCUGUCGCGGCCCUGAGGGGGAAGCUGGCCCAGGAGUUCCUGGCUGCGGUUCACGGUUUCCAUGCCCGGUUCGCUCAGUGCCGGCGGAUGCAGGCGGUGGCCCCCGGCGAGCUGGAGACCCGGCUCCAGGAGGUUUCCGGGGACCCCGGCUGCUGGUUCUACAUCGGCUGCACCCGGGCGCUGACGCACUAUCUCUGGGAGGCUGGGCCGUGGUGCCGGGCCUGGCAGCACAGGGCAGCUGGCUACGAGAAAACCUGCACCUACUACUGCCGGCCGGGGCCGGGGCCGGGGGCCGGGCUCUGCACCGUGAGGCACCUGCUGGGCCAGUUCUGCGGCACCCACCCCCGCUGCCUCAACGCCUCGCGUGUCAGGAACGGCCCAGUUGGCAUCGUCUUCCUGGUGACCUACGCCCAGCGGGGCAGCCGGCCGGGGGAGCCCGCCGAGGACAUGGAGGCGGCGCUGCGCGGCAUCGCUGCCCACUUCCGCCACCGGGGGGCGCCGGCGGACGAGCUGGUGCAGUUCCUCAAGGACGACUUCUGCCAGCUGAUGGGGCGGUACCUGGGCUACCUGGCACAGUGCCAGGCCAUGAGCCAGAUCCCCCCGGCGCACUUCCCGGGGCGGGCCCGGGAGAUCCUGGCGGGGCUGGGGCCGGCGGAGCGGGUCCUGGCGGGCAUGGUGCCGGCCGGGGUGGUCUCCAUGCGGCCCUGCCUGUGGGAGGUGGGGGCGGGCGAGGCGCAGGCCGGCGAGAAGCUGCACACCUACUUCACCAGGCUGGACGGUGCCCUCGACGCCAAGCGGCUGCUGGAGGAGAUCUGGGGCCACCCCCGCUGCCUCAACAGCCGCCGGCGCUGCGGGGGCAGGUCGGGGACUCAGCCAGGGGCCUUCCUGUACCUGGCGAUAUUCCGGGGGGCCUGCGUCCCGGGCGGGCCCUGAGCGAAGGGGCCGACCUGGUGCCACUGCCCAGCCCCGAACGCGUGUGGCUGGGGCGUCCGGACCCCCGGCCAUCGCCCGUGCCAGGGGCUAACCGCGAGCGGGGCCCCUGGAGGAGUCGUGCGGCGCUGUGCCACGCGAGGGAUGAGAGGGAAACCGAGGCAGCCUGCUGCUUCCCACUGCCGACAGCGGCAGCGGCGCCGUGUUCCCACUGAGGGCUCUGCAGGCGCCU